GUUUACAACCUUAUUUAGAAGCUGAUAGUGUUUAUGCUGGAUUAUUUAUUACAAGAAAUGAAAAACUUUAUAAUGAUGUAAGUUCAGCUAAAAAUGAACUUGAAGUAUUAGUAAUGGAAAAUUUUCGACAUCAAAUUCCUGUUUCGAAAUUUCCUACAGUUAAAACAAUCGGACAAAUAGAAAUGGCUCAUAUAAAAUCAAAAGAAGGAAUUAGUUUAGGUGAAUUAAUUUUACAACUUAGAACUUCAUUCCUUGGUGCUAUAACAAGUGUAGAUUUAAAACGUAAUUCUAGAAAUUAUGCUAAACCAAACAAAGUUAGCAGCUCUAAACAUCAAAGUUCUGAUCACGAGAUUGAUUCUUUAAAUUUAACUACUCAACAAAAUGACGUAUUGGAAGGGUUUAGAUACGAAUUAAUGCAAUCUUUACAUAGAUUAACACAUGUUGUUAGUGAAGAGCAAUUAUAUUCUGAUGCUAGACUUGUACCUAGAGUUUUUGAUAUACCAAUUCCUGAUAUAAUAUCACAAAAAGAUACUGAUACGACAAAAAAUCAAAAAAAUCAAAAAUUUGCAAAAUUAAUAAUAUUUCAUUUAUCACUUCCUGCAAAUAUAAAACCGAAAUUAUCAAGAGGAGAAGUUUGUUUCUUACCUUUUGGUAUGUUUGAAGUUUAUCAGAACAUUUUACAUUACAAAUCAAAAAAUUAUUCUUGUAAAUUUAUGCAAGAACCAAAUGAGAGACAAAAUACAAAAGGCAAAAAAAUAAUUAAUAAUGUAAAUGAUAGCAAAGUUUUAAAUAAUUGUGAAGAGAUUGAAAUGGAUGUAAUUGAAAAUAAUGAUAAUAUAGAAAUUGUUGUAGGAAAUAAGCCGAUUCAAAAUUUAAAGAAUUUAUUACAGUUAAGAUUAUCAAAAGAUGUUCGAUCAAAUGAUCGAAGUAUAGAUGAAAAACGAUGCCCCCUUUUGAAUUUGUCGAUAAGAAUAAAAUUGGGUACGGAUCCCCUUUCUUAUUGGUUUCACUUUGGUAAAACUAGUGCACCGACGACCAAUCUUAAACAAUCUGCAACAGCAUAA